GGCAUAGUUCCUUUUGCCUUACCCUUCGGGGAAAACCAAAACAAAAAAAUGUUUCUAGGUUAUAAUUUACAUUUGGUUUAUAUAAAUGCAGAAAAAUAUUAAAAAAUAUUGAAUUUACUUUAGAAAUGUAGCCAAGAAUGAUACAUUUUAGCAGAGAAAGUGGUUAUCAUCUAAAAACUUGCUAAUUUGUGGUAUUUAUUCGUAUAAAUAUAUUAAAAUGAUUGUAACUGCUUUUUCUCGUUUUUUGUUAACAUCCAGGAGUUCCUAUUUACGAGUAGCAGUGCGAUGUAUACCCACAGCUACGCCUAGUGGAAAAACCAAAUAUGUUAAUGAUCAGAUGGAAUAUAUUAAAUCGGUCACUAGCAGUAAAGUUACUGACUGGCAAGCAGUUAGAACACACAUAUUGAGCAUGCCAGGUUCUUUCAAAGAAAAAAAUAUUGACGGCGUCUUACUUAAGAUUUUGAUAACAUAUAAAAAAAUUGAUGCGGCGUUAUCAUUUGCGGAAUUUUUGGAAAACUCAGAAGAUGAUUUGAGUUUAGGUGUUACAAAUGGUAUGUUAGGCUUGUAUUAUGAAAUAGCUAAAGAAAGACAAUUAACAGAUAAGGAGAAGCAAUUUAUACUGGACUCUUAUAAAAAACUGUACGAAAAAUACGAAGUUCUAGAUUCAACAACUUGUGAGAGACUGUUACAUGCACUGUGUGCUGUUGAUGAAUGGAGCAAAGCAUUGAAAGUUUUAGAUGAUAUUAAUUUGAGCUGUAAACCAACACAUUCUGCUUACAGCACUGUAAUAGCAACACUCUUUAAACUUAACAGAAAAGCUCAAGCACUGGAAUUGAUUGAAAAUAGUCUACAAAACAAGCGACCGCUUAAGCAUGUGGCAUACGAAAGUUGGAUAAACUAUGUUUUAAGAAAGUACAAAGAAAAGAAAACUAGAGUUAAAUAUUUAGAAGAAGUAUGUGUACAUAUAUCUAGGAAUUGUACAAUUCUACCAGAGAAAACUGCUGAACUACUCAAAGACACCUAUGCUGCCUUGGGUUGGAAUGCAAAGUAUACAAAAAUAAGAAAACAAAAUGGCCAAUGUGUGUACUGUAAGUCUUCAUUAGAAUGCCUGAAACUAACAGAAGAUGAAUUUAAACUAAUACAGAAGAAUGUCAAGGACAGAAUCAUAGUUGGGUCAGAUAUACUCCUAAAGACAUCCCCACAAGAGUUGCAGAGGUUUUUGGAGUUUGUAGAGAGAACUGCACCUUAUGACAUUGUAUUAGAUGCCCUUAAUAUAUGUUAUGCUAUGGGUAAAUUCAAAGCAGAUAAAGUUGGCCCAUUAAUUUAUGUUGUAGAACACUUUAGACAACAAAACAAAAAGAUACUUUUAAUAGGCAGAAAACACAUGUUGAAAUGGCCUAAAAUGAAUUAUUUACUUAAUAAAACAUGUAAUUUCUUCACAGAUGAUAUGUCCCAAGAUGAUCCAUUCUUCAUCACAGCAGCUAUUCUGAGUGGUUCCCAUACUGACUUUGUGUCUAAAGACCAGUUGAGAGGCCACAGGUUCCAGAUGCAAGAGGAACUGCGCUAUCUGUUCCAGCGGUGGCAGUGGCAACACCAGUGGAUGGUCUUUAUCAACAAACAUGGAGCUCCUUUCAUACAGGAACCUCUAUCUGUAACACCUUGCGCUCAGAAAGUGAAGGACGCGUGGCAUAUACCGUUCGAGCGAGAUGAAGCGACGACGGUUCACGGGCACGUCAGAGACGGGACUCCCGACUGGACAAGUUGGUUGUGUCUGCAGGCGCCUGUUAGAUGACGAAUAAAUUUAUAAAAUUA